GCCGCUCACACCAUAUUAUGAAAAUUGCGAAUGUAAUAAUGACAAGAUUGAUGUUGUCUUUAUCAUUUAUUAUACUUCGCUUAUAUUAUCUUUUUCCUUGUAUUGCUUGUACGAGGCUUGUUAUGACUUAUUUCCGAAAGAACUCGCAAAUUAUGAGCGUUACUAUAGCGCGCACUCCUUCUGUUUCUCACCGUUCGGAACUCUUGAUCGGUGUCCCUAA